GGCAGAUACCACCAGCGCUACAUUCCUCCGGUCGGGACACAAACCCGCACACUUUUUCUGGAUACUUUUUUUUUUUUUUUUUUCACUUUUGGGGGGGAUUUUAAUGCCUGAGUUAAUAAUUUAUCUAGCACUACUCUCGGGUAGUUUGCAUAUCUUGUGGUGCUUUUGCGACGAGCGCCUGCGGUGCGGGGCUGCACAUAUCCGCAAGCUGUGUGUAGGUCUCUCCCAGCCCCUCUCUGGAUGCAUCAGACUCCUCUGCCCCGGGGCCCUGGACCCGGUGUGUGACCCCGCCGCCCUCGCCCCUUUCCCCCUCUCCUUCCUCUCCUUCCUCUCCCUCGGCCCCCAGCUCCUUUCCACCUGUCUGCUUCGGCACUCCUGCUCUGGGCCCCCUGCCUCUCGGCCGGCGGGCGGAGGCAGGGGGCCAUGGCGCCAUGGUAACCUCCGGUGGACGCAACCCCCUCGCCAUGAGCAGCGGGACCCCUUCGGAGGGCAGGGUUCAGGGGUCGAACUUUACCCCGCAUCACUACAAGCCCUUCAGCUCGCACGCACACUACCAGCAGGUGAUGCGUGCUCUGCGUAAGCUCCAGGAGAGUGGGUUCUACUGGGGGGCUGUGGGGGGACGAGAGGCUAGCUCCUUGCUACGCUCUGAACCCCCGGGCACCUUUCUGAUCCGGGACUCCUCCGACCACCACCACUUCUUCACCCUCUCUGUCCAGACGACCCGCGGGACCAAAAACCUGCGCAUCCACAGCGAGGGAGGCGGCUUCUUCUUACAGCCGGACUCCCAAAGCACCCAAGUGCCCCCGCAAUUCGACUGUGUGCUGAAACUCAUAGCGCACUACAUGGGGAAGGGGCCCGACGCCGCGAGGAGCAGAGAGGGAGCGUGUGGUGGAGGGGGGAACUCGGAGGCUGCAGACAUGAAAGGACGCAGCGUGUAUCUGAUCCACACGGGUGGAGAGAGGAUUCCCUUGGAGUUGCGCCGACCCCUCUCGAGCUCUCUCUCGUCCCUGCAGCACAUGUGCAGGAGGACCCUGAAUAACAGAGGAGGCCUGGGGGGGUCUGAGCGAGCCGAGCAGCUCCCGCACACACUCAGAGACUUCCUAGAGGAGUACGAUGCCCCCAUAUGACUGACAGGAACUGCAGAAGUUCCCCAACACAUGGACCAGACUCCUGGAGUAAGGCACAGACCAGUUCUCAGCGAAUCAGAUACUGACCUGAGUUAAGCCGCCAGAAAUCAGUGAGGUCUGAAAUCAGCUGUUCCCAGAUCUAUUUCAACACUGACAGCCAUCGUCUCCCUCUGACCCGGGGGUGGGGGGGUGCUAUGGUAUGAGGAAGUGUGAUUUGGGUAACCACGGAUACCUCGUCCGUCAUGCCUUGCAAAAAAAAACAAAAAACAAACUGACCACUAACUAGUGUGAGUGGCAGAUUAAAACCAGAGGUCAAAGGUCAACGUUUUCUAUGACUGACUUAGACGCAGAGCAGAGCCUCGUAGAAGAUUAACCCGAUUGGUCGAUAUUAACGAUGAAUACACACCACCUGCGUUCCCGGUGGGGUUAAAAUGUGCUAAAGACGAAAACCUCUCCUCUCCUCCGACAUACCUGACAUUUACACACUUUGGAUCACUGGACACAGAGAAAAGACGAUAAGAGAACAGGAAAGCUCAGAGAGGGUGAAAGAGAGAAAUAAAGAAAGAAAAGGGGGGAGGGGGUUGCAAUAGAGGAAAGGCAAAGUCCACAAGAGGGCCAGAAAACGUACAGUGUUUGUGUGUGUGUGAGUGUGUGUGUGUGUUGUGGUGGUGGUGAUGCACACAUUUCCAUCGCUGCUUCCCGCAAAUGUUGCCUCAUAGAGGGAAGCGGGGUGGUCAUGCACGCUAUCUCCACUCACACACUCAAUCACACACACACACGCACACACAC